GCUCGGGCUAUUUCGGGGCGAGCCCCUCCCCGAACUGUUUGUGCGCCUGGCCCGGGCUGGGGAGGCCGCCGCAGGUGUAUCGGCCGGGGAGAGCCCGGAGCGGCGCGGCGGGGGCAGGCUGCAGCCGGGGCGCGGGGCUCGGAGCGCACGGGGAUGGGCGGCGCUCAGCUUCUCGCUGGCUCCUGAGAGCUGCCGCGGCCGCCCGAGUGGCGGGGCUGAGAUCAUGGCACCGAGGGAAGCCCCUGCGCCCUGCCCCUCCUCCAGCUGAAGGAGCAGCCGGCAGGAAGCAGCUGCCUGGAUGCGAGAGCGGCCGAGCCCGGCUCUGACGCCCGCUGCCUUGGCUGGGGAUGGCUGAGUUGCCCCUCUGACCCCCGGCCUGGGCUCCAGCAGCAGGCUCCAUGCCAGGGCUACAUCAGAUGCUCAACACCAUUUACGAGUCGGAUUCUGUUUUCUCCCCAGAUGGAAUUAAAGGAGAAGAAGCGAGUGUGAGCUUGGCCCAAGGGAGCGGCGCCUCCAGCCAGACUGCUGUGAACCUGUGCGUCUCCCUGCGGGUGCCUCAGGCUGUCCCCAUGGACCUGCGGAUCGGACAGCGCUUCGUCAAGCCUGGCUCCGACACCGCCCUGCUGGCUCUCAAGCAGACCCAGCAGCUGCAGCACCAGCUCUUCUUGGCCAGCCUGCACCAGCAGCAGGUGGAGCAGUUCACCCACCAGCACAUGCGGGUGAACAUGGACUCCCCGCAGCGUGAGGCAGAGGCUGGGCAGCAGGAGCAGGAGCUGCGGCUACUCCUCAAUAAGGACAAGAGCAAACGAAGUGCUGUGGCGAGCACGGUGGUGAAACAGAAGCUGGCCGAGGUCAUCCUGAAGAAACAACAGGCAGCUUUGGAAAGGACCAGCAACCCCAGUGGCCCUCCCAUGCCCUACAGAUCGCUGGAGCCCCUGGAUACUGAAGGCCCUGCCCCUCCUGUGCUCAGCCCCUUCCUGCCACAAGUCCCCAGCAGUUCCAUAGACCCUCCGGAGCACUUUCCGCUGCGGAAGACAGCAUCUGAGCCCAACCUGAAGGUGCGGUACAAGCCCAAGAAGUCGGUGGACCGGCGUAAGAACCCACUGACCCGCAAGGAGAGUGCACCCCCUUCCCUGAAGAGGAGGCCAGCAGAGGCCAUUGACUCAUCCCCCAGCAGUAGCAGCACCCCUGUGUCUGGCUGCAGCUCCCCCAAUGACAGCCUCCCAGCGGAACAUGGAGUCCCCCCGUCUGGGCCGAGCAUGACCCACGAGGCGCCACUCGCCCAGCGCCUGAUGAUGCAGGAGAGCUCGCUGGCCCACUUUGCCCUGCAGAGCACGGCCUCCCUUCCGGCCAUCUCGCUGGGACUGCCAGCUACUGCCAGUGCCAGGGGCGAUGCAGACCGCCGCUCCCUCUCUGGCUUGGCACACCGGGUGCCAGUGCUGAAUGGGCCCGUCCUCUCGGGCACCCACUCAUCCAUGUUCAUACCAGCUGGCUUGGAGCAGCAUGAGCCCGGAGGGCCUCUGUCCCCUCGGCUUCAGCCUGUCAUUAUUCUUGAGUCCUCAGUCACCCACGCACCACUUGUGGCAAUGCCAGGCCUGGGGACGGUCCCGUUCCACUUCGCCCACUCACUCAUCCCCACCGACCGGCUGUCGCUGGCAGGCCACCACAAACCUCUGGGGCGGACCCGCUCUGAGCCCCUGCCCCCCAACCCCAAGGCCAUCCAGCAACAGCUGGCGUACCAGCAGCACCAUGCUCAGUUCCUGGAGAGACUCAAGCAGCAGACACACUUGGGCAAGCUAAUGACCAAGUCCAGUGAGAAGCCUCGUCUGCAGCAGAUCCCCUCCUCGGAGGACAUGGAGGCCAAGGGGGGGCUCCCAGAGGGAGUGAGCGAGCACAGUGACCAGCCUAGGGGCCGAGUGGAGCUCACACGGCCAGGGGUCAGCACAAAGGAGCCUGAGCGGGGCCCGAAGCUGAUGCAGCCACAGGAGGAGCUCGUCUUGCAACAGGCCUACCUGUGGGAGCAUCACCAGCGCCUGCAGCACUCGCUCCUCAAGCGGCAGCCACCAGCCGACUCGCUGAUGGUCCCUACCGCACACGGAGGGCACCGGCCUCUCUCCAGGGCCCAGUCAUCUCCUGCCGCUGCCUCCAUUGCCCUUCCUGCCCAGGACGCACCCGCCAAGGCACUCUCCCUGCCAGUGCAAGAGCCACCAGCCAAACCGCACUUCACAACAGGGCUCGUGUAUGACUCUGUGAUGCUCAAACACCAGUGCUCCUGCGGGGACAACAGCAACCAUCCCGAGCAUGCUGGGAGAAUUCAGAGCAUCUGGUCCCGCCUGCAGGAGCGGGGUCUGCGCAGCCAGUGCGAGUGUCUGCGAGGGCGCAAGGCAACCCUGGAGGAGCUGCAGUCAGUGCACACUGAGCGCCACGUCUUCCUCUAUGGCACCAACCCCCUCAAUCGCCUCAAACUGGACAACGGGAAACUGGCAGGGAUCCUGUCGCAGAGGAUGCUCGUCAUGCUGCCCUGUGGGGGGGUGGGGGUGGAUAGCGACACUAUCUGGAACGAGUUGCACUCGUCCAACGCCGCCCGCUGGGCCGCUGGUAGCGUCACUGACCUGGCCUUCAAGGUGGCCACAAGGGAGCUCAAGAACGGUUUUGCUGUGGUGCGACCCCCAGGACACCAUGCGGACCCCUCCACAGCCAUGGGUUUCUGCUUUUUCAACUCAGUGGCAAUAGCUGCUAAGCAGCUGCAGCAGAAGGGGAAGCUCAGCAAGAUCCUCAUUGUGGACUGGGAUGUUCACCAUGGCAACGGCACCCAGCAAGUGUUCUACAAAGACCCAGACAUUCUCUACAUUUCGUUACAUCGCCAUGACGAUGGCAACUUCUUCCCCGGCAGUGGGGCAGCCGACGAGGUUGGCUCUGGUGCUGGCGAGGGAUUUAAUGUCAAUGUGGCUUGGACUGGUGGGCUCGACGCACCCAUGGGGGAUCCAGAGUACUUGGCAGCUUUCAGAACUGUCGUGAUGCCGAUCGCCCACGAGUUCUCCCCGGACGUGGUGCUGGUAUCUGCAGGGUUCGACGCAGCCGACGGCCACCCGCCACCGCUGGGAGGCUACAAAGUCUCUGCCAAAUGCUUCGGCUACAUGACCCAACAGCUGAUGAGUCUGGCAGGAGGAGCCAUUGUCCUUGCCCUGGAAGGGGGCCAUGACCUCACGGCCAUCUGCGAUGCCUCGGAGGCCUGCGUGUCCGCCCUGCUGGGCAAUGAGCUGGAUCCCCUGCCAGAGGAGAGCAUGAGGCAGAAGCCGAACCCCAAUGCCGUGCGCUCCUUGGAAGCAGUGAUCCGGGUCCAGAGUAAAUACUGGGGCGCCGUGCAGCACUUUGCCUCUAAGGUGAGCUGUUCAUUCCUGGAGGCGCAGCACCAUGACCCAGAGGAGGUGGAGACGGUGACAGCCUUGGCCUCCUUGUCGGUGGCGGUGAUGGUGGAGAAGAGGCCACAGGAUGAGCCGAUGGAGGAAGAGGAGCCCAUGAAUCAGUGACGUGCGGUGGUGGUCUCUGAGUCGCUAAUGGCAGGAAGGAGUCUGGACUCUCCCUAGCCCGUGACUCGCUCUCAACUGCCUGUUUGCCACGAUGUCCUCUCUCCCCAAGUCACACUAUGGAACGGACUGGCCCUCCAGCUGUGGCAUCUGCAGGUCACAUGCAAAGGAGCCCACUGCUGUCUGGGAAUCACUCUCCUGCCUGGGAUCAGCCGAGGACCAGAAACUCCCUCUCAAAGGAUCUGCCCUGCAGUGCUUGGCACCAUGCCUUCCACCUGCUCUCCCCUCAGGGUGUUGCAGGGGCAUAAAGGGCCAAUGGGGUGUGAGAAAGCCUCGGCCCUGCCCGGUUAGUGGAGAGCUGCUUUUCUCCAAGGGCUCAUCCUGUGGCAGUGGAAAACUGGACAGGUGUUGGGAUGGACAGUGGUGUCUGACGUGCAGUUCAGAGCCAACCUCAGGAUUGUGCCUCUUCUCCAGACAGCCAAAGGUUCCACCAGGGAUCCCUGCACCUCAUGCUCCUGGGAGGGGGGACAGAACAGUCUUUGUACCUUUGUCUAGGAGCAAUCGGAGCCUCCUGCCAGGCACAAGGUGGGAGCUAGGGGUGAUGAUGACGUGGGGUUUGAGCCAGUUGUGAAUGAGAAGAGGUUAGAAGAUGAUUGACGACAUGCAAAUCACAGGGAAGCCCUGGACUCCAGUGUCCCCUGUGCCCAGAACUGCAAGCCUGGGACUUGGUCUCCUUAACCACUAACCAGAGUGCGAGCCCUCGGGGAUGGGGCCCCUCUGAUUUGCACUAUCUGCAGAUUACAUGUGCUAAUGUGCACCUGACAUAUCCAUGGGACUUUGGGGAACAAACUCCUCUGCAGAUGGACGUUCACGAGGUGAUCUGAGUCCUGGAACAACCAGCCAGGCCAGCGACCUGAAGAUCCAUGUCUAAUGGGGCCCUUUGUCCGGCUCCAGGGGAGGGGGGCUUCUUCCAGAGUAGCUACUAAGGGCUCUCUGUGUCCUCGAGGCAGCCCUCACUAGGGAGCCUGCCUUAGCCCCCAGCCCUGUUCCCUGCCUAAUACCCAAACUGUCGAGGAGAAACAGGGCAUCUUAGGGCUAACAUGGGCUCAGCUUAACAUGAGUCUGAUUGCUGCUCAGUGCUCAGCUAGCCCAGGAUGGACACAUUAGAAACACUCCAGAGAGCCCCCGAGAUCCAGCCAGAGCCUCUCUGGAGUGAGCAGAAACCCCAGCCAAAUUCCUGCUCCCCUAGAAGUCAUGGGUGCUGUGCAGACUCUGCGCGAGCUCAGGACCCCAUCGUGCAAGGUGCUGCACAGACACCCCUCCACCGCCGGACAUUGAGGCCGUGUAAGCCUGAUGCUUCACAGACCCCAACCAGGAUCAGGGCCCAGUCGUGCUAGCUGCUGCACAGAUUCCAACCAUGAUCAAGGCCCUAUCAAGCCAGGUGCUGCACAGACGCUAGCUGAGACUGGGCCACUGUCAAGCCAGCACUACACAAGCACACAGUGACUGACAGCUCCUUUCCUCCACUUCAGUGGGACUAGGAUCUGGGCUGAUCUUGCAAAGUGUUUCCCCCUCCCUGGGUAGAUCACAUGGGUUCACACACACGCCCCUGUAGCCUUGGCUCCUUCCACUCACACAGCUGGGGGAGACCAGCAGUUCUGCUCCCCAGAAAUGCCAUUGGAGAGCCUGUGGCCUCCAGAAAUGGCAGCUUUUACAACCCCCAUCUGACCCCGACUUCACUGUUUGUAUCAUCUCACGGCAACAUGGAAGAGCUAAAAAUAUUCUCCCCUCCCUUGCCCCCCCGCCCGCCCUUAAACACUUAAACAGGUUUUGCAGAAGAGCAGAGCUGGGCCGGCUGGCAGCAGUUUCUUGGGAGAACAACAGGUCCCCACAAAGCAGCAGCCUCAAGCCUGCACUACAGGCCAACACUCCUGGGUUAAUCUCACUCCACCUGGCUCCUGUCCAGGUGGGGUCGUCGUUUCCAGUCUCCUAGUGUGAAGGGAGUGAGCCCUCUUCUGUCAGGGGCACCAGGGAUCUGACCCCUCUCCACUCCAUGGCUGUGUCCUCCAGGACAAUCACCAUUCCUUCGAGAGGGGCCUGGCCCAGAAGCUGUUGUGAUGUGCAGCAAUGGGAGCAGUUGGGCCAUUGCCUGGGGCCUGUGUGAUGGCCACAAGCACUUCCUGGGGUUCUGAGGGGCACACCCCUUGGUUGAACUGUGUGUCUCCUUAGGUCCAUGCCAAUGUCCAAAACAGAAGCAGACAGGAAGUGUGGAGACAUGCAUUUCAGUGGGGCAGAGCAUAGGGCCUGGGAUAUCUGGCCAGGGUCUGGAGGUGUGGGGUAGGCACGCAGGGCUGGGUGUCUGGCGAGUCGCUGUCUGCAAGGAGAGGGAUGAGUCUGUUUGUAAAAAUAUAACAGAGGAAAAAAGACCUUGGAAGAAUAAAUAUUUCUUUGCCUUAGAACUGCACAAGCUGUGUGCGGGGAUAUGGCUAUA